CUGCUCACAGUAGCGAUUUUAUUACAGAUUCACCCCAACCGUGCCGUCACUCGAGAAGUGUUCGUUGACGGUGUCAAGCAGGGCACACGAUACGCUGGCGAAUUCGCACCUGUCGACUAUGAGCCGUGGCUAGUCUUCGUCAACUAUUUACCCUUUGAGGAUACUAGUAUGUUAGAAGGUCUAAAAUGCACGCAACCUGCGCACCGUGGCCACAGUCCCCAAAGUGGAUGUCUGCCAGAUGACUAUUCUGGCGGAUACUUACUUAAAAACUGGGAUAUGCUGCACUCGAAGCUCACUGAACUGGCCGCGAAAAUCGAGCAGAAAUGA